AUUCAACCACGAACCGUCUACAUUGUUCCUCCAAAGCCUUUAUAAAAAGCUCUAUAAAUUAGUCUCACCAUUCAAUUCAGUACCACCAAAAAAAAAAUUCUUGAUAGAUUUAAUCACAUUUUCGAUCGCUGAAAUAGAAUAGAUCGUUAUAUUCUCAAUCUGUUCGCCACUUCAAUCGCCAUAGCAGGAAUUUUAGUUAUGGAAGCUUUGGAUAUGGAUUUAACCAGAGACGAAACAAGAGACAAUAAAAGGGGUAGGGAGAAGCGAGACAAAGAACAUGAGAAAGAAAUUGACCAAAUUAAUUGUGAUGUUAGGGAUGGAAUGACAACACAUUCUGAGAAUAGUUCUUCUCCACCUGUUUUGCAUACUGAUGUUGAUUGGGAUUCUGGAAUUGAGGAAUCAUUAGGUUCUUAUAUAAAUUCUACAUCUUUGGCUGAAGUUGGAAAACUAAAUAAUGAUUUACACUAUUUAAUUGUCGAUCAUAAGAGUCCAUACUUGAAAAAUAAGGAUAAGUUGAAGAAAGGUUUAAAUAGAUCUUUUGGUAGAUUCAUUCCUGGUGGGGAUUCUCACUCCUAUUGUGGGGAGGACCUUGAGAAUAAUGGGGAGAUAAUAGAAGACGAAGAUGAUGAGCUGCUGAAAAAGGUAAAGAAGACAAAGCUAUCUUUUAUUAAUCAUUCCAAAAUUGAUUAUAAGCCAUUUAAGAAGAAUUUCUAUGUUGAAGUGAAAGAAAUCUCGAAAAUGACUCCAGAAGAGGUUUUUGUUUACCGUAAAGAAUUGGAUUUGACUAUAUUUGGUAAGAAUGUGCCGAAGCCAGUCAAGACAUGGGACCAAAUGGGGCUUACAAGUAAAAUAUUGGAGACAGUAAAACAACUCAAAUAUGAAAAGCCAACCCCAAUUCAAGCUCAGGGACUGCCUACAAUUAUGAGUGGCAGAGAUUGCAUUGGCAUUGGACAAAUUGGCUCAGGCAAGAUGCUGACAUUUGUGCUUCCAAUGCUUAAGCAUAUCAAGGACCAGUUGCCUUUGGUUGCAGGAGAUGGGCCUAUAGGACUUAUUAUGGCACCUACAAGGGAGCUUGUCCAACAGAUUCACAGUGGUAUAGAAAUGUUCUCUAAGGUUCUAGGUCUCAGGUGUGUACCUGUAUAUGGAGGAUCCAAUUUUGCCCAACAAAUUAGUGAGUUGAAGAAGGGUACUGAAAUUGUUGUUUGCACACCAAGCAGGAUGAUUGACAUGCUUUGCACAAGCAAUGGUGACAUUACAAAUCUCCUUAGAGUCACUUAUUUGGUCAUAGAUGAAGCUGACCGAAUGGUUGACAUGGGUUUUGAACCUCAAAUCCGUUGGAUUAUUCAGAAUACUCGCCCUGAUAAACAAACAAUACUCCUUUGUGCUACUUUGCCUCGUGAAGUGGAAAUCUUGGCGCGAAACUCGCUACACAACCCUGUCGAAAUACAGGUGGGUGAAAGGAAUGUUGUGAAUAAGGACAUCUUGCAACUUGUUGAAAUGAGACCUGAAAAUGAGAAGUUUUCUAGAUUGUUAGAAAUACUUGGAGAAUGGGAAAAAAAAGGGAAAAUUAUAAUUUUUGUUAAUUCCCCGGAAAAGUGUGAUGCUUUGCUCAGGGAUCUACUCAAACAUAGUUAUCAUUGCUUAUCACUUUACGGUGCCAAGAACCAAAUGGAUCGUGAGUCAACUCUAUUAGACCUGGAAAGUGGUGUUUGCAAUGUGUUGAUUACAACCAGUGUUGCUGCUAGAGGAUUAGAUGUAAAGGAGCUUGAACUGGUGAUUAACUAUGAUGUGCCAAUUAACUAUGAGGUAUACAUUCACCAUGUUGGCCGAACUAGUAAAUUUGGCCCUAAAGGUGGUGCCAUAACGUUUAUCUCUAAGGAAGAUUCAAGAUAUGCUCCUCAUAUUGUAAAAGCAUUUGAACUAUCUAAGCAAGUUGUUGCUGAUGACCUAAAAGCACUAGCUGAUAGCGCAAAAAGAAAUCCAUUAAGUGGCUAUAUGACAGUUGGACCUUGUUUUAAGUUUAAAGAAGAAGAUGAAUUGAGUAGGAUAGCAGCGAAAAAAACAGCCAAAGAGUACGGUUUUGAAGAUGACAUUAGUUCGGAAGAUGAAGAUGAAGAUGAAUAUGUUGUUUACUAGUUAGAACUUGCUGUAAUAAACUACCAAAUUCUCUUUAUUAAUCUCAAUUGUGUCUUCACAUAUUUCUUAAAGGCCCAAAAAUGGAUCUGUACUAAUUUACAAUGGACCCUAACUAUUUGCACUCAUUAACAAUAAAGUGGAAAUUAUAGAGAUUUUAAAAGUUGUUUACUUAAAUAUUGUAUUUUUAAGUUUGAUUAAUUUAUAUGGUAUUUUUUUAAUUUUAAAUAUUUUU